UUCACGAGAUUUAAGGAAACAGCCGAAAGUAAAAAGAAAAGAAAAAAAGCAGUAACGGUUUCAUUAUUAGUUUCGGAAACACCCACCAUAUUUGAAGAAUGAAGUUUCUGUUAUUAUAUCUAGCCACUUUGUUUUUAGGUACCAAUACGGAAUACUUAUUCAGAUCCCAGUCACAUAAGUACCCGGAUGAGUUGGGAUUUCGCUGUGAUGGAAGAGUCGGCUAUGUAGGUGACGUCGCUCGAAAAUGCAGGAAAUUUUACUUCUGCAAAUCUAACGGCGAAUAUUACAAUUUUCACUGUCCUCCUGGAACUGCUUUUGAUGAACUCCGAGUGUUUUGUGACUUUGAAGAAAACGUAACUUGCAGUGUUCAACGUCCUCAAGACACGCCAUCUCACAAAUACCAGGAUGAGCUUAUCUUCACCUGUAAGGAUAAAAAUGGAUUUUUUGCCGAUUAUAUUCGUAAUUGUCGCCGAUUCUAUCGUUGUGUAAACGGGAAAAAAUACGAGUACAACUGUCCACCAGGGUCCGCCUUCGAUGAUGAAGUCAAUGCUUGUAUUAAUGCUGAAAACGUGAAGUGUGAGUUUCAGAGUCAUGAUUUGCAGGAGACGCCGUCUCAUAGAUACCCAGUUGAACUCAACUUUAGCUGUGAGGGUAAAAAUGGCUUUUUCGCCGAUUUUAUCCGAAAUUGUCGUCAAUUCUAUCGCUGUGUGAACGGAAAAAAAUACGAGUAUGCCUGCCCACCAUCGACCGCUUUUGAUACUGAAGUCAGCGGAUGUAUUGCUAUUGAAAAAGCGAAAUGUGAGCCUGCAUCUAGUCAGGAGAAUAUUUUAAUAAAAUAGCUGUCUUAUCUCCAAA